UGAAAGAUUGCUGUAAUGUGGUCUCUGGAAAUCAUUUGUUUUCUUCUGUGUUUUGUACCCAGUUAUCAACAGUUCCCCCGCCUGUGCGCAACUCAGGAAGCCCUGCGCACCAAGGAGUGCUGCCCGCCUUGGGAAGGAGACGGCUCGGCCUGCGGUGCCAGCUCGGGCCGGGGCACCUGCGAGGAUGUGGUGGUCUCUGCGCAGCCCGACGGGCCGCAGUACCCCUUCUCGGGAUUGGACGACAGAGAGAAGUGGCCCUUGGUUUUCUACAACCGCACAUGCCAGUGUACUGAGAACUUUAUGGGUUUUAACUGCGGGGACUGCAUGUUUGGCUACUUUGGUGAGAACUGUAAUGAGAGGAGAGAGUCUCUGAGGAGGAAUAUAUUUCACCUGUCCAGGGCGGAAAGAAUCAAACUCGUGUCCUACUUGAACUUGGCCAAGCAGACAAUUAGCAGGGACUAUGUUGUGGUGACGGGAACCUACAGGGAGAUGCAAAACGGAACCAACCCGAUGUUUGCCGAAGUGUCUGUGUAUGACGUGUUUGUGUGGAUGCAUUACUACGUGUCCCGGAAUGCGCUCUUAGGCGGGCCGGGGAAUGUGUGGACCGAUGUGGACUUUGGCCACUGGGGGCCCGCAUUUCUCCCGUGGCACCGAGCAUACUUGUUGCACUGGGAGCACGAGAUCAGGAAGCUGACUGGAGACAUGAGUUUCACCAUCCCGUACUGGGACUGGAGGGAUGCCCAGGGCUGUGACGUGUGCACAGACGAGCUGAUGGGGGACCGGAGCACACAGGAUCCCAGUCUUAUCAGCCCCGGCUCGGUCUUCUCAUCCUGGAGGGUCCUGUGCUCCCAAGCCCAGGACUACAGUGCCAGAGGUGUGCUGUGCGAUGCUACAGAGGAAGGGCCCCUGCGUCGUAACCCUGGCAACCACAAUCGCAAUUUAGUGGAACGACUACCAACUGCAGAUGAUGUGGAGUUCACGCUGAGUCUGACCAACUAUGACACCGGACCAAUGGACCGCAGUGCCAACAUGAGCUUCAGAAACACUCUGGAAGGAUUUGGAGAUCCUCGGACGGGGUUGGGAAACAGUUCUCGUUUGGGCAUGCAUGCUGCUCUACACGUGUACAUGAACGGAUCCAUGUCUUCAGUGCAGGGCUCUGCGAACGAUCCCAUAUUUCUGCUUCAUCAUGCGUUUGUUGACUGCCUUUAUGAGCAGUGGCUCAGGAGGCACAGACCAUCUCCAUCCCAGUAUCCAGAGUCAAAUGCUCCUAUAGGGCACAACAGCGAAUACCACAUGGCACCAAUCCUACCUCUGCACAGGAACAGAGACUUCUUUAUUUCCAGCAAAGACCUGGGAUAUGAAUACACCCACCUGCUAGAUGCUAGUCAAAAGCUAGCAGAAUCAUGGCACCCUUCCCUCGAGGAGUUGCGGGACAUGUGGCCGUGGCUGCUUCUUGCAGGGCUUUGUGGAGGAAUUUUGACAAUAGCCAUAGCUGCUGUGGUCCUAACUACAAAACGAUGGCACAAAGGAUCAUCCUGGUUGCGUGCUAGAAGCUGGAAACAUGCAUUUGCUCUCCCUGAAAGACAACCACUUAUCCGGAGCAAUGAAAUAGAGGAAACCAACCAACAUAACUACCAAACAACUAUGUGAAGGCAAAGCCUGUCUAGCUUAGUCUUAUCCAUCUAUGAAUUUUAAUAUAAAAAUACUGUGAAUUUUUACUUUGAACUAUAUGCUAACUAAAAACAACUUCUAUGAUAUCUGAUAUUUCCAAUAUAUUUAACUGUAUUACAAGUGGGAAUAAAAACCUGUGCAUGCAGUAACUUUCAAAAA